UUCGCCGAUCGGAUAGCGAAUUGUCUCGGUCAAACAAUUGGACGAGCGCCGGCGGAGUGCGGUGGACUUCAUGAUCGUUUUUUCCGAGACUCGACCUCGGGCAUUGGUUCCGAUUACGCUGUUAACAGUUACGGACCUAAGCAGCUGCAAGGAUGGCAAUGGAAGUGGAUGAAGCUUUGGCCUUGCUGGGAAGAUUUAGCCGCUGGCAUGUUGUCAUCUAUGUCGUCCUCAGUGUCAGCACCACAUUUCCGGCAUGUUGGCAUGUGUUGGCCAUCGUGUUCCUUGGUGGCGUGCCAGACUACCACUGUAAGGUGCCCCCUGGCGAGGCGAACACAAGUAUCCCAAUGGUCAGAAAUGACGAAGGAAAGCAAGUGCGAGACAAGUGUCACAUCUUUGGAAAUCAAACUUUAAAUGGCGUGGUCUACAACAAUGUCUCGGUGCCUUGUAACGAUGGAUUCACAUAUAUCACGGAUUAUAAGAAUACGAUUGUUAUGGAGUGGGAACUUGUGUGCGAAAGAGAAUACAUGAAGGACAUGACCCAGACAUUUUUCGUUCUCGGCGUCAUGGCAGGAGCAAUGGUGUUCACCACUUUGUCCGAUAACUUCGGCAGGAAACCAGUGUUCAUUGGCGUGAAUUGGGCUAUGGUCAUCAUUGGGACCAUACAGGUCUUCAUAAACGAUUACUACGUGUUCACCUUCUUUCGAUUUCUCACAGGGGCUUUGCAACAGGGAAUUGUGCUGUCCGGGUUUGUUCUCUGCUGUGAGAUCUUCCCAGCUGAUCAACGAACCUUCGCCGGUAUCAUCGUUCAGACGUUCUGGGCCGUAGCCAUGAUGAUCCAGGCAGGUAUAGGAUAUGCGGUCAGAGACUGGAGGAUGUUCCAACUGGCGAUAUCCUUGCCCAUGGUUGUCACUGUUGUCGGAUUCUGGAUAUAUCCAGAAUCCGUGCCAUGGCAAGUGGCCAACAACAAAGAAAAAGAAGCGGAGGAACAGUUGCGAAAGAUUGCUAAGUUCAAUGGUCUGAAGGACUACCCUGCACACCCGUUUACUGGAAAAUCAGCUCUGGCAGGGAGUCCAAUCCUCAACUCCAUGGAAGACGGAGACGUGUCCAGCAAAGACGAAGAGAAAACAGAGAUAGAGAACACAGAAGAUAAGAAAGAAGACAAUCAGAAGAAGAAGUUUGAUGUGAAGGCUUUAUUCAACUGCUGUAAAAAGAAACCCGAGCCCAAAGAGGGACAGAAGAGGCGAGACAAUAUCCUUACAAUAUUUCGUCACCCAAAGUUGCGGCUCUAUCUUGCUAUCAUGUGCGCCCUUUGGUUCGUGAAUAGUUUAGUGUACUUCGGUUUGUCCUUGAGUACCGCUGACCUUGCCGGAAAUAGAUACAUGAACUACUUCGUCAGUGGAUUGGUAGAAAUGAUAGCUUACGGUCAAAGUUAUUUCGUUUUAAAACGUUUCGGGCGGCGAAUUCCUCUUUGUAUAUAUCAUACUAUCGCAGGCGUCGGUCUUGUAAUAUCUAUAGCAAUCCCUGCUAAAACAGCCAGUGGGACUGACCUGACCGGCCUUGUUAUCUGCUUCAACAUGAUCGGUAAAUUCGGAAUAUCAGCAUCUUUCGGCGAGGUCUUCCUCUACGCCGGCGAGUUGUUCCCUACCAAUGUGAGGAAUACAAGUAUGGGUGUGUGUUCGGUUGCAGCUCGAGUUGCCGGAAUGCUGGCACCAUUUUCAUCAUUGCUGAUGCGAAAGGUGUUCUGGCUACCUGGGGUCAUAUUUGGAUGUCUCUCCGUGCUGGUAGGACUUCUCGCCCUCCUGCUACCAGAGACCCUGGGAAGGCCGCUCCCCCAGAACGUAGAGGAAAUGGAAAGCUGGGACAGCAAGCGGGGACGAGCAAAGUCGUUUGAUAUCCACGCAAAUAUGAGGAAACGCCCGUCACGGAAUAUAGAAGCCGAGGACACUAAUGUGUGAUUGCUUACGGGGAAAAUAACGUACUCUCAAGGACAGUGGGUAUAAGUUUCAGGAGUACAACAUGCAUCAGGUAAAUGGGUUUUCCGUGGAUGUCAUAAUGUGAGUGUUGACGCAAAUGAAUCUGGUAUGGCAAAGAAGAAAAAAAUAUGAAUGACGUAUUUACAUCUAAACACUGUAUAAUGCUGUACAUUGUAUUUUAUCUGUACAUAAUAAAAUUUUUCAAGCUGGAUAUUAACUAGUUUGGCUGGAAUCGUAAACAGUUAGAUAGCAUGAUUGAACUAAAUGUAGGUGUAGACGAUCCGAAAAAGAUAUAGAAAAGUUGUGGGUGUAUGUACAGUACAUGUAGUUAGUAUUUUUAUUGUAAUAAGAUGUGUAUAUGGCGCUUUGAGGUCGAGAGAAGGUUUGCAGUGCUAAUUACAACUACUAAUCGCCUGAUUUCGACCUCUGCAUAAUACGUCCGAUAAGUUCGUCUCAUUAAAUCCAUGAGAAAUAUUUAUGAAAUUUUCCCGAAAAAUAUCUCUAUAUUUCGUGUGGCAGAAAAACCAACCGAGAGUCCGUAUAUUUAAGUGAACGAAGGUUACGCGAUAGUUUCUACCCGCUCGGUAAGAUUGGUCGAAAAGACGAAAUUAUGUUCGGAUUUACAAUUUACUCGUUGUUGACUGAUCUGUAACAGAUUUUAUACCAAAAGGUGUGAAAUUUGCAAAUGUACAUGUAUCAGAUAACCUCGGCAUAUUGUAUCGAGAAAAAAAAGAUGAAAUAUAUAUACUUGGCGUGGGCGUCUUUUUCGUUUUAUCUUUUUAUAUAUUGUUCUCGUAAUGCAGUGUCUCCUCCAAAGAGAGGCCCCCAUGCUUUGAACCGUCUUCGUCUCUAGCUACAUGGACAUGUAAUACUCCACUGGCACUGUACAUAAGACAUACAUUUUAGGUUGCUCGGGGUUCAGAAGUUAGGUCUGGAAUUCCGUAUAGCGUACCGAUGGGAAAAUCAAAGGUUCGAGCCCCGUUGGUAGCAUAAUACAAUACUUUGCGUCAUCGCAGGUAGUUGCAGAAAAAAAUUAUACAGUUUGUGUCAAUACAAUAAUUUAUUUUUUACGCCU